AUGACAGGUCCCUGUGACUUCACUGUGGACCAGAACUCUCAAGUCUCACGCAUUGAGCAGCCCUGCUGUGGACAUAGUUACUGUAUGGACUGCAUUAAGGACUGCUGGGACCAGGAAGAUCAGAAGAGAGUUUACAGUUGUCCCCAGUGCAGACAGACUUUCACUCCAAGGCCUGUUUUAAACAAAAAUAAUAUUUUUGCUGAGCUUGUGGAGCAAAUAAGGAAGACCGGAGUCCAACCUGUUGCUCCUGCCUCUGCUCAACCGGAGUGUGAUGUCUGCACUGGGAGAAAACUCAAAGCUGUGAAAUCCUGUCUGGAGUGUUUGGUGUAUUACUGUGAAACUCACUAUAAAGUUCACAAUGAACUUUAUCCUGGACGAAAACACAAGGUGGUUGAUGCCAUAGGUCAGCUCCAGGAGCGGAUCUGCUCCCAACACGAGAAGCCACUGGAGGUGUUUUGUCGUACAGAUCAAAGUUGUGUUUGUUUGCUCUGCUUAGCGGACGAACACAAAGGUCAUGAUACUGUGUCAACCUCUGCAGGAAGAAGUGAAAAACAGAAACAGUUGGGAGAGACCAAGAGGAAAUUACAGCAAAGGAUCCAGGAGAGAGAGAAGGAGCUGCAGGAGCUGAGGAAGGCUGUGGGGAUGCUCAAGAGUUCUGCACAGACAGCAGUGGAGGACAGUGAGAUGAUUUUCACUGAGAUGAUCCGCACCAUUGAGAGGAGGUGUUCUGAGGUGAAAGAGCAGAUCAGAGCUCAGGAGAAGGCUGAGGUGAGUCGGGCUGAAGAACAUCUGAAGCGACUGGAGCAGGAGAUUGCUGAGCUGAAGUGGAGAGAUGCUGACCUGAAGCAGCUUUUACUCACAGACGAUCACGUCCAUUUCCUCAAGACCUUCCAGUCAGUCAGCGAACUACCUAAAUCUAAAGACUUACCCUGCAUUUCUGUCAACAAAAGCCUCUCUUUUGAGGCUGUAAGGAGAUCUGUUUCCACACUACAGAGGCAGCUGGAGGAUUUCUCCAAUCUGGAAGCCAUGACGAUUUCUGCAGCCGUGACUGAAGUCCAGGCUAUUUUGCCUUCUGAACCAACAACCAGAGAGGAGUUCCUACAAUAUUCCUGUCACUUCACACUGGAUUCAAACACAGCACACAGACAACUUCAUCUGUCUGAGGGGAACAGAAGGGUGGAAUAUAGAAUUGAGCUCCAGUCAUAUCCUGAUAAUCCAGACAGAUUUGAUGAAUGGUGGCAGGUGCUGUGUAGAGAGUGUGUGUCUGGGUGCUGUUACUGGGAGAUUGAGUGGAGCGGGUUGGUUUAUAUAGCAGUCUCAUAUAAAAACAUUAGCAGGAAAGGUGGCAAUGAUAACAGUUUCUUUGGAAGUAAUGGCCAGUCCUGGAGGCUGAGACUCUCCAGCUCCAGCUAUUCUUUCUGCCAUAAAAAUAAAGAGAUUGACCUCUCUCUAGUGGCCAGCUCCAACAGAAUAGGAGUGUAUCUGGAUUACAGGGCAGGAAUCUACAGCACCUCUGACACAAUGACCCUCCUGCACAGAGUCCAGACCACAUUCACUCACACGCUUUACCCUGGGUUUUGGUUAGAUGCUGGAUCAUCAGUGAAGCUGGUGUGACUCAAAUAUAUAGAUGUUGUUAGCACAUACCUGUAAUUUCCCGCCCAUUAACUGAAGUUUACUUGUUGAUUUUGCUAAAUUUCUUCAGCUAUGAGGUUAAUAUACAUGGGUGGGCUCUACAUGGGAAUUCAUUAAAUUUCUUCAUACUUCUUUAUGAUUAAAUCACCAUCUGAUUCUGAGUCAUUGAGCUAUUGGGCACUACAGUUAAUAUGAGUGUGUAUAAGUAAUUGCAUAAAACACAGUUUAUACACGAUGCGGCUAAUACGCUGGAAAUUACUGUAGUAUCUCACACCAUUUCAUAUUACUUCAUUUAGCAUCACAUCAUUUAACACAUCACUCACAUAUAAGGAUAUGGCAAUGG